AUGGAGGUGAAGCAGGGACUCACUCUGUUUGCUAGGAAGCAGGACAUGAAGUCUGUAUGGGAAAUCACUGGAAGCAAUAUCGACCUAGUAUGCAUUGGCAACUUUUGUAGAAGCUUGAAGGACUUGAGCUCUAGGGGAGGCACAGAUGCAUCUACUAACACAUGUAUGCUUCCUUGGCAAUAUAGUUUGCAGAAACCGUUGCUUGGGGUCAGUUAUUUAAACAGUGACGGUAGUUCUCAGUCGACACCUCAUGGUAGCAAUGGGUUAGUUAAGAGAGGGGCAACAUACAUUGUCUCAGAUGAUCUUACUAUUUGCGUAAAGAAGAAGUUUGAUGUGAACUUGGACGAUAUUUUUGAGCAUGAAAUCAACAUUGGCAAAACACAUAGCCUCAUUCGUGACAUCCACUGCCUUGACUACGGCUUUCGGGAGCUUUCUUUCAGAGAAACGACUCUAAAGCAUCAAUCACAUGCCCUCUGUGGAGCAGAUUGA